AUGGGCCGCCUCUCCGUCGCCGACAUUAUCCACCGCACGAUCGUGUUCGGCGCUAUCGGUUUCGGCGUGUACGGCUCGGUCGUCAUUGGCCAGAACUACAUCGUCAAGAAGCGCAGAAAGGAGGAGUACGAGGCGCAGCAGAAGGCGUGGCUUGUGAGCCGCGAAGUUAACGAGCUCGCUGCUACCUCGGCCUUGUCCCAGGCGGCAUGGCGGAAGGAAACUAAAGUCGCCGCAAGUUCUGCGACGCUCUCCUCUUCUGGGGCUACGGAUGCGCAGACUUGGCCGCUCGGCCGGCGCAGCGGCGUAGCCGAAGAUAUCAGCUAG